AUGUACCAGGAGGGCGACUGCGCGGGUCAGUGCACAGUGGAGUGGUUCAAUGCGGAGUGGGUGCGCUUGAUGGAUGUGGACUCCCUCCAGUCGGGCCUCGAGCUGAAGAGCGGGCAGGGUCUUCGAGAUGCCUUGCUGAACGGAUACUCCCCGAGCAACCUGAGCCUGGCGGCCUUCUUGGAAGAUCAGGCUGCCAUGCUCAGUGCCCUCGGCGGAACACUGCCAGGCUCGCCCUUCUCCAACACCAGCACCACCAGCACCACGAGCACUACCACCCUGCCGCCGGCGCACUUGGUGUCUGAUAUGGAUGUUGUCCUCGCUGGACCGAUGGUGCUUCAAGUAAACACGACGUGGACAUCUGUGGAGGGGGCUCGUGCACUUUCGAGCACUGUCGCAGUGCUGCCGGGAGUGGUCCUGACCAUCGAAGGCAUGGGUGGCUCGUUCGCUGUCCUGUCAUUCAUCCACCCGAACGCCACCAUCCAGGUGCAUCCUGGCGCCAGUCUUGUCGCACGUCGUGCGGCUUUCUCCAGUCCAUUUCGGAGCUGGCGCGGCUGGGAAGGGGAAGUGCCUUUCGAGCCGACAGGGAUUGAGACAACACAAUCGCACUCAUCCGAGGUCUCUGCCGUCACACUGCUUGGUGGGCCUGGCAUUGCACACGUUCUCUUAGAUACAGUCAUUUGCACGGGCUUGAAGCACUGCGUACGCGGAUCCGAAUAUGAAGAAGAGGACCACAUGCACGUCACGAACAGCGCCUUCCUUGACAACUACAUGGCCAUUCGUUCUGGGUUUGUCCAGACACAGGUGAGCUCUUCCGUCUUCUUCCGAAAUGUCGUCGGCAUCUGGGACCCUUCCGAUAAAGAUGUUAGCAUUGAUGUUGCAUAUUGUCUCUUCAUGGAGAACAAGAUCGGUGUCACGAUGAGGCCCAUUCGAGGCUAUGGACAGUUGGGCAGCUUACGGCUGCUGGACAGCUCGAUCUUUGCAUACAACGGACAAGCUGCUGAGCUCGGGCUUGCUUACCAGGUGGGACAGUUUCAGUGCACAGAUCUUCUGUUCUACGGGAACGACAUUGCCAUGGGGACGUCAGGUAUUUUUCGACCGCUUCUUUCCGGGUUUGAAGGUCUUCUGCGAAACAUUACUUUUAAGGAUAACCGCGUCGGCCUGAAGAUAGGGCCUCAAGUCUUUUCUUUGCACUUGGACAAAGUCAACUUCAUGGGAUCAACAGAGUAUAACAUACAUUGGCUGGUGACACCCAUGUAUAGCUCGUGGGGCGGAUGGUUGCUAGAUGGGACGACCGUAUCCUGGAAUGCGACAUCAUCUCACGAGGUUUUCGACAAAAUCUUCGACGCCGAGAACACAUCUGAUUCAAGCAUCGUGCACAUCUCGCCACUCCUCCUUCAGGCCCCGUUCCACCACGGCAUGUACCAGGAGGGCGACUGCGCGGGUCAGUGCACAGUGGAGUGGUUCAAUGCGGAGUGGGUGGGCUUGAUGGAUGUGGACUCCCUCCAGUCGGGCCUCGAGCUGAAGAGCGGGCAGGGUCUUCGAGAUGCCUUGCUGAACGGAUACUCCCCGAGCAACCUGAGCCUGGCGGCCUUCUUGGAAGAUCAGGCUGCCAUGCUCAGUGCCCUCGGCGGAACACUGCCAGGCUCGCCCUUCUCCAACACCAGCACCACCAGCACCACGAGCACAGCACCAGCGCCAACACCAGCACCAUCGACCCACAUCACAUCGACGUCACUGCCGGCACCCUUGGUGGUGGUGGAGCCGGUGUGGAUCAGGGCAAACACGACGUGGUCUUCUAAUGAAGUGCGUACACUUGCCAGCCCAGUCCACAUCUUGCCAGGUGUCACCCUCACGGUCGAAGGUGAAGACUCAUUCGCGGUGCUGUCCUUUGUUCAUGAGGAUGCCUCCAUUGUGGUGUAUCAGGGCGCCAGGCUGGUGAUCAAGCGGACAGCCUUGUACACCCCGUUCUCUCACUGGGGUGCAGACCAGCAAACGCAGCACCUAGAGCGCCCGCAGACGAGCGCCAUCAGGACGCGGGAUAUGUAUUUCUAUGUCAGUCCCAUCGCAACCCAAAACGCUGCGCCUCCCACCGUGCUGAUGGACAACGUCAUUUGCCAGGGUCUGAUGCGCUGUAUUUGGAAGCAGCAUUCGCAAGGCCUGACGGUUCUCAUAUCGAACAGUCUGUUCAUGGAUGUUGCUGACGCACUAGACUUUUCGAGCUUUGCGAGCUCGCUCACUGCCAAGAUUGAGGAUUCCGUCUUUUUCCGUGCCCAACAUGGAAUUCGCGUGGAGUUAAGAUGGGGGGCCAUCCACAUCCACUUGGAUCGAUGCUGGUUCAUGCUGACUGACUUUGGCCUCGCAAGUGCUGGAUCUGGGUCGGUGCGGGCCGAUGGCCCAGAUCAAGCUUUCCAUGUUGGUCGGUCGGUCUUCGUGGACAACCAAAACGCGAUUUCCAUAGCCUACCGGCAGGUCGACCCUGCUCUUGAGGACGUGCUCUUCUACAGGAACGAUGUUGCGUUUUCUGGCAAGGCCCAGUUGCUCAGCGAUGUCACUUUCCUGGACAACCGUAUCAGUUUGCGUCUCUAUUAUUCGGGGGUCCUGGAGAUGGCAUCCGUCGUCAACAGGGUCAAUUUCAUCUCUGCCGAAUGCCACAUUGAGUACAGUGGAAGCUGGAAUUUGGAAGUGAACCUGUCCGGUGUAUCCCUUGCUUGGAAUGCCUCAUCGCCCGAUGAAGUGGGGGCGCAGAUCUGUGGCGGAGGGCACCUUCACAUCUCGGGCCUAGCCUUCUUUCCAAGCUUUCAUCAUGGGAUGUUCCAGGAGGAUGCCUGCGCCCGGUGUGGGGACUGGUUCAACAUGGAGUGGGCCGGCUUUAUCAGAAUGGAGCGAGGCUUCUUCGUGAUGUAUGAUGACCAGAAAGUGCUACACAGCGGACAGGUUAUUCACGACGCAUUGCGGCAGGGAUACGACCCAAGCGGCAUGACCUGGCGAGAAUUCACAGAGGAUCUUGGUCAGAUGCUGGAUGCAGUCCGUGCAUAUCAAACAGUUGGGACUCAGACUUCCACUUCCACCAGCACGGUCAGCACCACCACUUCAGCAACGGCCAUGCUUUUGACGUGCGGCAGCUCAGUGGCUGCAUCCACUGUGGGCCGGACCAGCAGUGUCGGCUACGAGUCCGGUGAUGCGCGGCACAUCUUUUGUCCACCUGAGGGCAUUGGUGAUGUACUCUUUAGUACUUGUGGUUCGUCCUUCGACACCUCACUCUCCAUCAUGGGCCAGGACCUGUGGCGAUCCUGUGACGAUUGCGGAUCCUGCUGGAACAGGGCAGAGAUUAGAGUCGCCGGCCUCUCACCGGGCAGGUGCUACGACGUUGUCGUCGACGGCAAAGGAAGAACCGAGGGAGCCUUCCAGCUUUCUGCUUCAUGCUGCUACACGGCCGAAUGCAGUGGCCGCGGCAUCGUCAGGCACAGAGCCAGGGCCUCAGACAGCGCGUGCAGGUGCGAGUGCUUUUGGCCUUACACCGGCCCCAUGUGCGACGAAUGCCGUGCUGAGUCCAUGUCAGUGUUCCUGAACGGCACAUGUCAACCUUGCCUUGCCUCAGCAGGGACAGCGAAGCUUGCAUUGCACGGCUCAAAUGUGACGUGGUCUCCGAACUUCAUCGAUGCAAGGUGUCGUGACUCCAUCCGCAUCCAUCACUUCGUACAUCGAUCUGCGCAUGGGCUUCUGAGGACUGUGGCCUCCGGAGACGAUGGCAGUUUCGCUUUUGAGCUGGGCAGCUGCUCGCACCCCAGUCUGCACUCCCUCCGCAUACACAUCACGGCCAACGGCCGGCUGAGAGGUUCGGUGCAGUGUGUCCCCCAGAUCACAUGUCCAGAGCUCCUGCUUUCGAACAAGAGCAUGCCAAGCGUGUCCAUACAGAUGCUGGAGUGGGACAUUGCAGCUGCCACAGUCGCCCUCGCCUUUGUGGACUUGCUGUUCGGCCUUUUUCCAAUCGGCACGAUCUCGAUCAACUUGGUGCCUUGGAACGGUGACGUCAACGCCACGUUGCACGCCACCUCCGCCGUCCAUGCCCUGGCCUUCUUCAAUCGACGGCUAGACUCGGCUCUGGGCAUGCGCCCUUGCUCUGCCGCAAGAUCGACACAGGCAAACAAUGAGGCGGGGCUGUUGGUGCUUGUGGGGCGUUGCAGCGGCGACAUCGGCGAAGCAUUGGAAGAGGCACUUUCUGAGCAGUGGAUGCUCCAUCUGGGUGGUGAGCCUGGUGAGCCUUCAAAGACCUCGAACUUGUGGCACACUUUUCCGCUUGGCCGAGAGCGGCAGGGCGUCCAAGCCUUUUCAGAAGGUGUCUGUGGCUUUAUGAGCUCUUGGCUGGAGAAGCCGGGCUGCACCGAGAACGUGACGGCAAUCUUCUUUCCGGGGGCGGUCGCGACGAGGCUGCGGCAGUUCCUGACUUUCAAGGGCAUUUGCCCCGGCGAGACCCUGCCGUCCUGCUGCUUCGCCGGCCACUGCUCUUCCCUGGCAUUCAUUGGCCCUGACGGCCAUUUGAGAUGCGCAACUCCCCUGUUGAAGAGCGGGCAGCACACUGUGAGUCUGUGGUUCGAGACUGAGAACAGAAGCGUGCUGUUCGAGAGAAAGCUCGAUGUUGGUGGCGCAUCUCAAACAUCUCGCACAAUCAGUUUGUACCAGCACAGCUACGAUGGAAAGCAGUUUCGAUUUCGUGUUCGGUCGCAGGAGGUCUUGCCCGACAUUGUGUGUUGUGGUUAUGUAGCUCUCAGCCCUGGAAUGGAUGUGAUGGGCAUCACAAGCCCCAGCGAGUGUGGCAAUCGGCACUUCGACUUGCCCGCUCCUCCGCCCAUUGUGGAUGCGACUCCGUUUCGCGAGGCCGUUGCUUUUCUGGCUGCACGUUGCUACCUCGUGCAAAAGUUUGCUGAUGGCAACAGCGACAGCAUCCCAGAAGAUUUUGAUGGGACACUGUCGCCCCCCGCCGCAUCCGCAGCUCCAGUAUCUGGAUCUUGGGAUUGGUUCAACAAGGUGCAAACCUUCGUCAACAAUGCGAGUGACGCUGCAAGAGAGGGAAGGCAAACCUCUUUGGCCGUCGUGCGCUGGGCCUUGCACGCUGCUGGAAUCCAGACGAGCGGUUCCGGCGAAGAGAAGCAUUGUUCGCCAGAUGACCAAGCCCACAGCGGUCGCUGCUUCUAUGCCUGGAGCGCAGCGGCCAAAGAUGCUGGCAAGUACUUGAUACGUUCUGGCUUCCAGGAGAUUGCUUCAGAUUGGCAGCUGACCGGUGCCAGGCUCGGAGACAUCCUGGUCUUACCUGGCUUCAAUGCGACGUGUAUGCUAGAUCAGACGGCGCGGAAUUAUUCCUUUGGAUCCGGCUUCAUUGCCAUCAGAACCUCGCAGGAAGAUCAUCCCUGGGUGUCUGACAGAUUCUACAGCCUCCGUCUGCUGCAGCACGCCGUCGCAAUUGAGAGUGAUGACAGGCCCCACCUCUACAGACUGCGGGAAGGGGUGGACUUGCUGGCGGGACACUAUGAGCUAAUCAUCCCACUGCCGCUGAAGAAUCACGUGCUGGCACACAGACAAGCGAAAGCACAGGCGGUGGCAACGUGGUACGAUGCAGAUUCAGAUGCCCGGCAGGCCGCGAAGGAGGUGCGACAGGAGUUGGCAACACGGCAGCCCUGCCCAAGAGUGGUCAGGAGAGCCAGGUGGUGGAGAAGUCCAUUUCCGAGACAGCUCGCUGCGACGAUGUUUCAACCUGGGUAUGCGUGUUUUGACAGCACCACUCAUCUUCCUCAUUUUGUACGCUGCUGUUAUCGAAGAGUUUCAACGAUGACUGAGAUCUACGAUGCACGGUGGCCGUCCACAAUGCGAGGGCUGGCCCGAGGCGCUGCGCGAGGCGCAGCCCGGGAGGAGCUUCAGUGGCUGGACGCGCAGGAGCAGGAUGCCGAAGACUUGUGGUGGGCCCUCGUGUCGGAAGAAGUCCCAUCGACCACAACCACGACCUCCACUGUAGAGCCCCUCGAACUCAUCUUCAAGGGCAUCACCUUUGCUACCUCUGAGCGCGCUGGUGUGGUUGUCGUCUCCUGGCGUCCUGUGGUGGUCAACAGUUCAGGCGAGAGCCCCACGAACCACAGCCACCAAUCGGUUCAGUAUGCCUUGCUAUAUGCUGAUGGCGCGUACAACUUCACAGGGCUCGACACAGCAGCCUCCUUGCAAAACUACAGCGGUGCCCGGGUCCUCAUGCACAGCUGGGAGGUGCUGAACACCAGCCUGGAGGCGGAGCCAAACUCCACGCUCUCCCUUCUUGUGCUCGCCCUGGUGCCAGGCCAGAUGUCCAAGAACCGCCAAGCCACCCGAGUGGUGGUGGCCGCAGAAGAUCCGGUUCUGGCGGACAACGUUACGGCGCUCGUGGAAGUGAGCCACAGCGCCGCUUUGGAGGUCUCUCUCCGCAAUAGCUCCCAUGCCCCGGGCGGGCGCAUUGUGACCCUCAGCAGAGUGUGGGGGCAUGGGGGCGACGGGCUUCCAUCGCUUGAGCCAGGGGCCUGCGUGAGCGGGAUCAGCAGCGAGGAGGAGCCGUUCUUGGUGGCGGUUGAGGCUGUGGAGUCGCUGUCGGAGUCGUCAAUCUCACUCCGGGCUCAUGUGGUGAGGAUUGUCGAUGUCUUCCAGCGCAUCCAUGUGGAUUCCAGCCUUCAAGUAGAUGCUUCCGAUCCCGAGGAGGCAGAGGCAAACACGGAGGUGAACGAGGUGAACAACUCCGAGGGGAACUCGGCCUCCCUGCCUUGGCUGGACGUCAGCUUCGGGUUUUUGGAGAAAUGUCAGGUUCGCCCGGAGAUAAAUACACGGUUCAAGUUUGACAUGGACUCCAUCUUCUCGCUCUCCCUGAGCUUUCAUGUUGACGUCGCGGUGUCGGCAUCUUGCCGACUCCGUAUCUCCAAGACUCUAUGGGAAGAUUCGAUAGAAAUCGACAUGCUGGCAAAGCUGAAGAAGAUGCCGAAAUGGAUCAAGAAGGGUUUGAGAGUGGUGAAGCGAUACGGUCCUGCUGUGUGGUUGACGCUGAUACCAAGUAAAAUGGUCCUGUUCCUCAGAGGCCAAGUGCAGAUGGCGGAGUUUGGGGCAGACGUGACAUUUGACGACCGCAGAUCGUUUGGCUUCGAGAUGCAGGGUUGGAAAUGGAGUUCUUAUAUGUCGGAGCCGACGUCGUCUGCAGCGUGGGAACCAAUGGAUCCGACCGACCUCCUCACCGGUACCUUGUCGGUCACUGCAGGUUCUGGCUUGGGCUACGUCUGGUGGAUUUCAAACAUCCAUGACAUCGGCUUCAGUCUAAUGCUCGAGACACACAUGCUGCAUUUCGAAGUUCAGGUCGAACCCAUUCCACUUCCGCUGCAGAUGACCUCCGGUCUUCCCCGGCUGGGUGUGAAGCCGGUGGUGUUCACCAAGCUGGACCUGAGUGUAAAGCCAGUAGCAAUCGUCUUUAAGUUCCAGUGCAAGGCAGAGAGCUCUGGUUUUCUCAGCCUCUUUUGCAAAACGAUCGGCGAAACGAUCGACAUCCUCACGUUCGUGCCACUCUCCAUCCCGCUCGUCGCACUUCCAAGCCUUGACAUUCAAGCGACCGAAGGUGCUGCGUGUGGCGUAACAGUCAAAGAAUCCUAUGGUUGGAUAAGCCCGCUGCUGAAACCCCUGCUACCCUUGAGUUCGUCCAAGUCCAGAUGGCUUGUUGCGUCCGAUGAUUCCUUUGGGGUAGAAUUUCGGCCCAACAAUGGGGUGGUGGCGGUGCUCUAUGUGGACGAUGUUUUGAGAGACCAUCCUCCCAACUAUCUCAGCGAGAAGACGGUCUACUAUUAUCGCUUUUCGAGUGCAUUUCCUUGGCUCGCCAUGGUGGUCGCGAAGCGCUUCGGCCAGCUGUGGGAUGGCAGCUGCGUUAAGUUUUCAUCGGAGGCGCCCCGACCUGUGCCGCCAAGUACGGACAACCCCUUCACUGAGGAUACGGACUGGUCACCUCCCCGACGACGGGCCAGGCUCCGAGGUGAUCCGCACUGCACCACCUAUGAUGGUCUUGACUUUGAAUGCAACUUCCUGGGCGAAGCCGUGUGGACGAGAUGUGCAGACUUUUCGUUGCAUGUGAUCGCGGGCCAAUUGGGCAAUCAGUCGCGUGCAACCGUUACCACAGGGUUUGCCAUCAAGAUGGGCCAGGAUGUUGUUUAUGGCCUCUUGCCCGAUGCUGCGACCGCAAACGGCUCUGCUCUGGACUUCUACUUCAAUGGCGACCUUGUGGACAACCUUGAAAGUUUCGAAGGCGAGAGCAUCUCCAUCCAGCAUGGUGAGAAUAACAGCUUCACGGCUACCGCGGGCGAGACUGAAGUUGUGAUCACCCCUCAUGUUUCACACCUGUUUCUUCAGGUUGCCAUCGCAGACGUAUGCUUCAACAGGACAGAUGGGCUGAUGGGCAACAAUAAUGGGAACGCAUCGGAUGACCUGCGCCCCUUCAACUCCGUGGACAUCCUAGCCGAGAACUCUUCUUUGGAAGAGAUCUACGAAAAGUUUGUGCUGUCAUGGUGCAUCACCGAUGCAGCGGACUCUCUGUUUCUUCCUGACCACUUCCACGCCUGCGAUCGGUCAUACUGGCCCUUGUUCUCUUCGGAAAUCGAGUCGUGCGCGGCCGAGUGCGACGGUGAUCGCAGCUGCUGCUUAGAUUGGGAGGUGGCCGGGCCCGAGCUGGCCCAAUCUUCUUCGGAGGACGCGCAGCGAGCCCGAGAAGCAGACGAGCAGGCCGUUCCUUUUGGGAUGAUGCCGCCAGUCUUGUCGCUUCCCAGCGACAUUCAUUUCACGUCCGCCUCUUCACCUAUUGUGCAGCUUGAGAUCUUCGCGAUGGCGGGGCCAUCCGCCACGAUCGUUGAUCUCGGAUGCUCAUUGUGCUCCAAGUCUUCCAACUCUUCCAACUCUUCCAACGCCUCUGCAGCGGACAUCAAUGUGACCUGCUCAGUGCAGGGCUUGGGAGAGCAGAACGCCUCACUCCUUGUCGUGUCCAGCAGCUUGCCUUCGGGAGUCUUCGAGUGCGCAGCUCUGGAUGACAACGGCUUUGAGACGAUCGGUGUGGGGGACAUCCUUGGCAUGAGGACGACGACUACUAGCACGGGCAGCACCACCAGCAGCACCACGAGCGCGACACACUCCAGAACCACGAGCAGCCCGACCGGCACGAGCACCUCCAGUUCUUCAAGCACUUCUGAAGUCACCAACACAAUCUCGACGAGCCAACGUAGUAUGACGACACUAUCUUCAACGUCCCUAACUACUGCAAGCACUACUGCAAGCACAAGUUCUUCGACGUGGAGCAAGACCACCACGAUUGCUGCGUCGAGCACGAUGUUCACUUCGAUCUCCAGUACACACACCUCCAGCACGCACACCUCCAGCUCCACGUCCACUGACAGCUCCAGCACGACAUCUGCAGGGAGCUCCAGUACGCAGACGUUGAGCUCCACUUCCACACACAGCUCCAGCACUACCUCCACUACGACCUCCGUGACACACACCUCCUCUGGCAGCUCCACGACAUCCAGUACACUCACUACACACACAUCGAGCUCUACUUCCACUGAUAGCUCCUCGACAACGUCUUCAGUGGGCCCCAUUACACGCACAUGGAGUUCGAGUUCCACUGAAUCCACUUUCGCUGGCUCCAUCACUCGAACCGGUACCUCUUCCACGUCCACCACCAUCACCAGCACGAAAACAGAGCUUGGUUGCGAUGGUGGAGAGCGCUCGCAUACAUGGGGUCUCAAUGCCACGAACUGCUCGGGCGUCGUCACCGUCGGCUCGACGUGUUCUUUGGAAGGGUGCACCUCACCUCUGAGACCCGUCGGUGCGUACAGGUGCAUGCCCAUGAACGCCACCCCCGAGCUGUUGGGAUUUGUUGCUUGCGUCCCCGAGGAUCUACCCAUCAGGUGGAUCCUGGUCCUUGCCCAUAGCUUCACUUUUCGUCUGGAAGGGCGAGGCACGUCGGACCUGGUCAGAGGACUUGGGCAGGAGCUGCUACUGAAGCACUAUGACAUUACGGUCCCAUAUCUCCUCCGCCUGGAUGUGAAGAGCGACUUCUCGAGGCGGCUAGACAGCGCCUCCGAAAAUGCAAGUGCUCACGAUGAAGAUGAUGAAGCCUUCUCAGCGCUCGUUUCGUACGAGCUGGCAGUACCUCCUGGCAAGGCUGACGCCUGGGCGCAGUCGGUGCUGAGCGACUCUGCAGCCGUGUUGAAGGACUCCACGGCAAGUGCGGGCGUGACUGCAUUCUCGCUGGACGUUGCCGGGCCCCCGAUUCUGUAUGAGCAGCAGUCUCCCAUGGACGAGGCCGGCCUCCCAUUGCUGAGUUUCCUCGGCGAGCCCUCUGAGCAGCUUGCAGCUCCCGUGGCAGCGGUGGAUGACAGCACUCUGUGGGAAACCUGGGCUAUCGUGAUUGCUGUUGCUGUGGCUCUCGCAAUCAUGGUGGUGUGUAUGGCGUGCUUGUGCAAGAGGGCCCUUGCCAAAAGGCAAUCCGCAGCUUUAUCUGGGGAUGCUUGCAUCCCAGAAGUCGAUGCCACAAGCGACUCCGGCUUCGGCUCAGCUGUGCCGCUUGAGCACAAGAACUGGGAGCAUGCAGCUGCUUCGCAGGGCCUGCCUGUGGCGUCGGUGUCGGAAUCUUUCAUGCUGGAGGUUUCAAGCGACGGCGCCGAGGAAACCGAUGCCGACCACAUCACCAAGGGUGCCGAAGGUGCCGAGGGCGAUGGCGAUGGCAAUGCGGAGGGCGGCAAUGCGGAGGGCGAUGGCAAUGCGGAGGGCGAUGGCGAGGGCGAGGGUGAUGGCGAGGGCGAGGGUGAUGCCGAGCGCGAUGCCACUGGCGACGACGAGAGCGAGGGCGAGGGCGAUUGCGAGGCAGCCCCAGGCCCAGGUGGGGCAUUCCGAAAGUCGGCUCGGAUAGGGAUUGAAGCGGCCAGCGGUCGGUGA